AUGGAAUCCACAGCAAUGGAUCACAAGCCCCUGAAAGACCUCCUUGAGCUCCCGGUCGGAACGCUUGUUGACAUCUUCUCAUUCCUGCCCGCUGGAGACCUGGGCAAGCUACGAGCAGUGAGCAAGUUCACCAAAGCCCUCAUCGACACGUACCCAAACUCUAUCACCCGCCAAAGCAUCCUGUCCAACCAGGAGCGACUCCAAUCCGACCACGGCCACCUAACUUUCGCCUCUAGCCUGCCCUUUGUGGACCUGUUUCGCACAAUAUACACCCUCCUCGACGAAGCGGACAUGGAAACCAUUUGGCACGCUUUGAUUGUUGCAGCAGAAGUCGUCAUCUUCGAGAACCCAAAUGGCCACGGAGAGAGCGGUAGUAUAGCGGGUCUCCCUAUCCCGAAAGAUAACUUGCCAGAGUACCCUUUGGGAAAUGUGGUGAACGUCACCGGCGAUGAGAGUUUUCUACAUAUCGUGGAGCCAAUGCGUGAAGCGAAGAGGACGCUUGUAUUCCCUCCUGGAGGCACUGGUCUUACCAGAAAGCCGGAAUGUUGGAUUACAUGGCAAAAGAGACCACGAGAAGAUCCAGCUUGUCGUCUUGCCGUCGACAAGGUCGAACUUUUGGCUGCGGCGCUCGGUGUGCCAGAAUUGUCGGGGCGUCGGAGAUGGCUUUGCUUUUGUGUCAGGAGUCGAAAAGUAUUUGACCUUGUGCUCAAGGUCUGCUCGAGAGAUGUGAUUAAGGUGACAGCGUUAGAGAAAGCGGUAAUUCUAGAGGACCUGUCUGUUUGGUGA